CCUAAUCGGUGGCGUUCAGUCAGCCGCCACGAGUCGGCGGAUACGGUUGGUUCACGUCCACGGCUCUGGGCCAGCUCUGCAUCGUCCCUGACAAACGACGACGCUCAGACUGUUCAGGUUGCAGCGCGGCCCCCGUCCAGAGACCGCGCUGACCCCGGUAUCCCCUGUCAGCCGGCCGACCUUUGACAUUCGCACCGAGCGACGAAAGCCUCAGCAGCAGGCCGCUGGCCGAGCGGUCGACGAUCUCUCCCCUUUGAGCUCCUCCGCUCGUUGACGCUUAUCCGCGGAUUAUCGCCACAAUACUCUCUCGCCGCGGGACUCUGCUCUUUUUCCUCGACGUUUCCAUCGCCUCGUCAUCGUGGAACAUCAUGAGACUGACGCUGUCGGCUGCUCUGCUGCUCUUAACGAUAGCAAUCAUAUCAUCGGAGGGGUGUGAGCUGGAUCAAAUGCGAUACGGAUGUCGCAUCUACAAUGCGCAAUGCAGCUGCGGCUACGGCUGCAAAUCCGAGUACAGAUACAACAACAACGACGACUGCAAGUUAGCGUUGAAGGGUAGACGUAGCGACUUGUGCUCACGAUCAAAGCCUUGUCAGAACGAGGGCUCGUGUUCCCAAAUAUCGUCGGAGCCCGGAUUUAAAUGCCGCUGCGAAGGAACCGGAUUCUAUGGCACUUACUGCGAAAUACCUUGUCCGAAGGCAGACAAUCCACAAUUCCAAGGGCAGUUCCCAUACGAGUGCAUCGUGAUCUAACUCUGGUAUUUCUUUGUCUCUCGUCUGGUCGAAUUCGUUUUAAUAUGAUACAUACGUACAAAAGGGAAAGAAACGCACUUCACAAAACAUAUUUACACAUCUUUGUACAUACAUAAUAAAUGUUAAAACAGA